AUGGUUAUAUUAGUUCUUCGUCAACCGUCAACGACCUACUUCUUUACCUCUGUCUCCUCCGCUUUCCAAGAGCUCUCUGUCUCUCCUUCUUGCUCCCUCGUUGAUUUCCUUACUUUUUUUUUCACUCCGAGUACUGGUUUCUUUCUAUAUCAUUGCUUCGGCUUCAAUGAACUCAAAACAGCCACCAGGAACUUCCGUCGUGAUAAUAUGGUUGGUGAAGGUGGCUUUGGUUUGGUCUUCAAGGAGUGGAUUGAUGAGAAUUCAUUAACAGCUGCCAAGUCUGGUACUGGCAUGGCUAUUGCUGUGAAAAGGCUUAACAAAGAAGGUCUCCAUGGUCAGAAGGAAUGGAUGGCAGAGGUUAACGCCAUUGGAAAGCUGCAUCACCCAAAUCUUGUGAGGUUGAUAGGUUACUGCUUACAGGAUAGCUGCCGGUUUCUGGCGGUAUUUUCAGUCUCAACCGCUCCCAUGGAGCCUUCGCAUCAGAUUGCCCUGGGUGCAGCAAAGGGUCUAGCAUUUCUUCACAGUGUUGAGGCAAAAGUGAUAUAUGGGAACUUCAAAACUCCUAAGAUCCUUCUUGAUUCAAACUACAAUGCCAAACUCUCUGGUUAUGGUUUGGCCAAGGAAGGGCUUCAGGGUUAUAGUAUGCUUCAGUUAUCCGAUUGUUCGUGUUCAAAUAGCAGUAAAUUCUACCAUGAAGAAGAAGACUUAAGACCCGAAGGUGAUGUAUACAGUUUUGGGGUUGUUCUGCUUGAAAUCUUAUCCGGCAGACGAGCUUUGGAAGCUAACAGGCCAUCAGGAGAGCAGGAUUUAGUUCAACAUGCCCGAUCUGCCAAAAAAUGCAAACUUCACCAACUUUUUGAUGCUCGGAUUGAAGGCCAGUGCUCUUCUGAUGAAGCUCGCAAAGCACUUAACCUUGCAAUGAAAUGCCUGUCAACGGACUCUUAA